AAAACAUCAAGGGUCCGCUAGUUUUGGCUCAUCAUCAUGGGUGGAGGAAAGUCGAUGCCCUCAUCGAAUCGUCCGAAAUCCUCCUAUCCUCCAAUCAUACACUCCUUGGCGCCGUUCUCGACAUCGAAUAUAUCCGGUCUUCUUGGAGCGGCAUAUAUAACCAGUUUUCUUGGCGCGGUAUAUAUGGAUUUAAAUCGAUAAUCGGUUGUCGCGCUUUGGAACAAGUGUUUUUCAUGAUCAGGAAUAUGGUCAAUGUUUCACUUGUUGAUCGAGGCGAACAAGGUACGUACAAAGUCUCACGUGAUGCUUGGCAUAAUCUGUCAGUCAAGUGGAACACCAUAUCAACCAGAUAGCGACUCCGAGUUGCGCUUUAUGAGGAUUUGAACCGUUCAGAUGCUGACCUUUACAGUCAUGUACCCGAAUGCAUCGCGCCCUCACAAUCACCGAGUUACUCACGCACAUUCUCCGCGAGGUGUACAAUGAUGACCAGGGACUCAAUCUCCGCCGGGGCAUCAAGGACAUGGCCAGGGUCUCUCAAAUUUCCUUUGGAAAAAAUCUUGACAGCCUGCUCCCGCUUCUUCGGCUGCUUCCUCUUGAAAUCAACGAAGAGCAUGGUCGGCUUUCAAAGGUUCUUGGGGACCUGAAGUCGUCAGAGCGCCAAUGUUAUGCCUCAAUAUCCAACCGCGUGCGCACUCUGUCCUUUUCGGAGCCACACGAGCCCAUCCCUCGCAAUUUAAUAAAUGAUAUUGUCGAGCACAAUCUCGUCUUAACUCCUCGCGUAGAUGUCCUCCAGCUUCGCAUAUCGUCCGAGGCUGGCCUUCGUCUUCUCCCAGCGCUCAUCACACCCGAAUUGACCGACAUUUCACUCUCUUUUGACGAAGCUCUAUAUGUUUUCGAUCGCCCGCUAGACCUUGACGAUCUCAUCAAGUCGGUGUACAUGACUAUUUUUCAGCGUGCGCCCAAGCUCGUACACUUCUCUGCAGUCGAUUUGUACGAAGCACUGCCGUUAUUGCCACUCGUCAAGACCCCAGGUCAAGAUCAUAUGGAUGUGGCAUGUCUUCAAAGUCUGACGCAUGCAGCAUUCUACAUAACUGCUGCUUCCUUGCCACAAGUCCUCGAGCUAACAUCACAGCUUCGCAGGCUGGAGGACCUGACCAUUCAGACUUGCGAGAAACCUUUCGAAGAAAUUCCCCACCUCUCUUCCUUCGCGCCAGAGACCUUCAGCUCGCUGAAGAACGUCACGUUUGAUGGGUCUCCCGAUAUCAUCAGCCGCAUAUUCUCCGUAUUCCCAGCCAAUCGUGCCAUCCAAUCUGCGAUUCUACGGAUGCACGGUAUUUACACCAAUGCCGAUAUCGCACUAGUCCUCUUAGGUGUUGUUGCAGCUGUGUCCAAGGAAUCAUUGCAGAAGAUUAUAAUAACUUCCGUAUUCUCAAACAGCGAUCUUGCUCACUGGGAUGCUGAUUCAGGAAUCGACACUCGCCAAUUCAUACUAGACAUACACGCCAUCGAGCCCGCCCUGCAAUUCCGUAAUCUCGAGAUCUUUUCAGCCUGUCUCGGCGUCCCGCUCUAUCUCACAGACGAAGACCACAUGCGCAUCGCACAGACAUGGCGCUCCGUACGAUUACUAUACCUAUCAUCGAUCGUCCAGCGCGUCGUCCAGACGUACAAACCUCCAGCUAGCAUCACGUCCCUGGUGCACUAUGCGCGCUACUGUCGCCACCUAAAAGCGCUCGGGUUGUGUCUCGAUGCAUCUACGAAAGCCAGCGUCGAUGCGUGCAUGCAGGCUGUGAACGCAUACGAGGAAACCAUUCCAGAAGCAAACCACAGCCUCCCAUCUCCCUCGAUCCAGAUGGUCGAGUUUGGUCCUUCGUGGCUGGAGUGCGACUUCGAUCCUGCGCAUAUAAGCUUUGUAGCCAAGGCGUUCGCGAGGCUUUUUUCUAAUCUAGCUGCACCAUGCAACAUCUAUUUCAGACACUAA